AUGUCGUCUGGUAACGCAAACGAAACCAUUAGCCCCAACUCCAUGCCCCUAUUAAUACCACCCAGGACCAAUUCGCAACAUGGUCGUACUAUGAGGGAGCGGCUGGUGGAGUGGCGGAGCAUAUUAUUGUUGGUGCUGUGUCUAAUCGCGACGGUGACUUUCCAAGCUUCUAUAAACCCUCCAGGCGGUGUGUGGCAAGACGACUCUCCCAAAAAUCUCCCGGGUAGCUCUGUGCCAAAUCCACACAAAGCAGGGGAAUUUGUAAUGUUUUAUAACAAUCCGGUUUCGUUUGCAAAUUUCUAUAUUGCUAACUUAGUGGGUUUUAUUGGAUCUUUAUUAUCAAUUCUUUUACUCAUCGUUGCAUUGGCAUUGAACAACAACCUUAUUCUGUGGUUUUUGAUUACAACCACAUGCUUGACAGUUGUGUCGGUUCUCUUGGUUGUUCUUGCUUCUUUUAGCGGAAUGACUCCACAUAAGAACAUAAAAGAGUUCAAUUCUCAAAUGAGUAAAAUUGCAAAUGUCACUGCAAUCGGUGGUCUGAUAAUAGUUUGUUUUCUCGUGAUUUUGGUAUCAAUUUGUAUUUUAAUAGGUCGCAGAAGCAGAAGUUUAAGUUCAGCAGAUGCAAACAAUGCCAAUAGUGGAGACCCAGAAGCUCCUCAAGAUGCAGCUGCCUUAAGCAGUACUGCCAAUAUUGGAGGCCCAGAAGCUCCUCAAGAUGCUGCUGCCGCUAACAAUGCCAAUAUUGGAGCCCCAGAAGAUCCUCAAAAUGCAGCCGCUGUAAACAAUGGUAAUGGAGGUGAAAUCGAGCUGAUGUAA